GGAAUGAGAGAGGGCAGUGAGGAAAGCAGGAGGAUGAGAAAGGAGACAAUUGACGUUAAGAGCAUUGGGACAAAAUCCUCCAUUUGUGUUAAUAGACGAGCCUGGUUUGUUGUUGUUGUUGAUGUUGUUGUUGUUGUUGAUGAUGAUGUGCCUUUUUUUUUACCUUCUCUGGCAUCACAGAGUGUGUUUUUUUUAAUUGUAUUUUUGUAAAUGAAGAUUCAUGUUCACGUGGUUGGUUUUGUGUUUGUCUCUUUAAUCAGUUUCUGAACUCUUGCGAGAAUAAGUGCCUGCCUAUUUGGUUGUGAUGUAAACUCGCUGCUGUGUUCAGAUGAUCCGAGGAUCUUCCAUGUUUAAUAGUUAGUGCUCCUGAAUUCUUCUCCGUUCUGUUGGUCAAACUGUUUUUAUUUGAUAUAUUGUAUCCCGGUGACAUCACAAACUGGCAUAACUUCACCAAAUAUGUCUUAAUAGAGUACAAUUACAGUUACAGUACUAUUUACUGAUUACAGUACUAUUGAAAUAGUUGUUGUAAAAACAAACACCAUGAUAGAUGAACAGUUAGGUGAUUGCAGAAUUUCUGGUACAGUACUAUAAUUCUGUUCUGUCCAUUGGAGCUAACACGUGUGUGUGUGUGUGUGUGUGUGUGUGUGUGUGUGUGUGUGUGUGUGUGUGUGUGUGUGUGUGUGUGUGUUUUAGUUAGGGUUGGCCGUUGAUUCAGGUGCUAAAAUAGUGUUUCUGUUCAUUGUUUUCAUGUGUACAAACACUUCCUGUAUUCCCUGAUGUCUAAGCCAAUCACAGUACAGGACUACACAUCCGUAGUCAUUCAGCUGCCCACUCACAACACUGAAGUCUCCUAUGCAACAUUUACCUAAAUGUUAGUACCACUAUCAGGCAGUUUACAUUGUUUAACGUUUUUCCCCCCAAUAGCUUGUGUUCUAAUUCCUCUAUGCUCGGCACACACAUCUCACUUGCCACGGCUUCGGCUGUGUUUUUGUGUGUGUUUUUGUGUGUGUUUUUGUGUGUGUGUGUGUGUGUGUGCGUGUGUGUGUGUGUGUGUGUGUAUGUGUGUUUUAGUUAGGGUUGGCCGUUGAUUCAGGUGCUAAAAUAGUGUUUCUGUUCAUUGUUUUCAUGUGUACAAACACUUCCUGUAUUCCCUGAUGUCUAAGCCAAUCACAGUACAGGACUACACAUCCGUAGUCAUUCAGCUGCCCACUCACAACACUGAAGUCUCCUAUGCAACAUUUACCUAAAUGUUAGUACCACUAUCAGGCAGUUUACAUUGUUUAACGUUUUUCCCCCCAAUAGCUUGUGUUCUAAUUCCUCUAUGCUCGGCACACACAUCUCACUUGCCACGGCUUCGGCUGUGUUUUUGUGUGUGUUUUUGUGUGUGUUUUUGUGUGUGUGUGUGUGUGUGUGUGUUUUUGUGUGUGUGUGUGUGUAUUUUCAACAGUUGAGUUUGUUUACUAUCCGAUACCUCUGUUAAUGAUGAUGCUGUUAAGGACAGUUUGAAUAAAUUCACAUUCCAACCCUUUU